AGGUGAUUAAAAUCAAGCAUUUAUUUAACAUUCCGAUCUCUUUAUUAUCAAGCAAAGCAAACACAUCAUAUAGUUGGGUGCGUCGUUUUUAAUCUUUCUGAAUUUGCGAAGCAAAAGCAAAGACAUCAUGUAGUUGGUUGCAUCGUUUUUAAUCUUUCUGAAUUUGAAGCUGAAUUAAAGAUACACCAGAUAACAAGACUUCGAAUCAGAUAAAAGUCGAAGAAUCUGUAAGUGGGGAGCUUGCAUAUCGGGAAAUAAGAUAUACGUCUACUAUUUGUUCAAAAUGUGAAAAGGGGCAACUAUCUGCCCCCGUGGCUCUGGCGCCCCUGGUAAAGUUCGUUUCCAAAAAUUUCUUUGCAGACGUACGCCAUGAAAUGACGUUCACCAAAAAGCAUUAAACAUUUAGACAAAUCUCAAGAUGUACACCAGGAAAUGACGUUCACCAAAAAGCAUUAAACAUUUAGACAAAUCUCAAGACGUACGCCAAGAAAUGACGUUCACCAAAAAGCAUUAAACAUUUAGACAAAUCUCAAGGUAAAAUUUCUUUGCAGACGUACACCAGGAAAUGACGUUCACCAAAAAGCAUUAAACAUUUAGACAAAUCUCAAGACGUACGCCAGGAAAUGACGUUCACCAAAAGCAUUAAACAUUUAGACAAAUCUCAAGACGUACGCCAGGAAAUGACGUUCACCAAAAAGCAUUAAACAUUUAGACAAAUCUCAAGGUAAAAUUUCUUUGCAGACGUACGCCAGGAAAUGACGUUCACCAAAAAGCAUUAAACAUUUAGACAAAUCUCAAGGUAAAAUUUCUUUGCAGACGUACGCCAGGAAAUGACGUUCACCAAAAAGCAUUAAACAUUUAGACAAAUCUCAAGAUGGAGUCAAGAGAAGAAAAGAAUAACUACUACAUUCAGAAAAUUCUUUCAGAUGUUGUUAAGAAGAAACUUGUUGAAUUAUUUAUCAAAGAGUGGAACACUAAUUACAAAAAAUCCCACGGAGUAUGGGAUAAUACAAACGUUAGUGGUCAGAAGUUGUUCAAUAUUGAAAGAACAAGAAAGAAACCUUUAGACAACCAUAUUUUGUCAAAGUUUCAAGUGGGUGACACCAGUAAUUGGGAUUGUACAACAUUAUUUUCAGCAAUACUGUAUUCCAAAUCAAUUGGAACAAAAGUUAACCCAAAAGUUAGAUCUGCAGUUGAUGCACUUCGUAUUGUUAGAAACAAAUUUAUCCAUGAAUACCAUGGAAGAGUAUCUGAUACCGAAUUUGACAAAAUGCUUUGUGAUAUUGAAAUGUCAUUUAAAGAUCUAGCAUUUUUAUCCACUGAAAUUAAUGAAAUUAAAUGUCAACGAAACAAAUUUAAUUCUUUUCAAGUACUUCCUUGCAAAUCAAAUCACGAUGUGGUUAAACGUACAGAGUUACUUAAUCAAAUCACAGCAGAUCUAAAUAACUUGCGAAACACUAACAAUAAUGAACUAACAUAUUACUAUAUUUCUGGUAAUCCUGGCAGUGGUAAAUCUCAAUUAGCUAGACAAAUGUGCGAAGAAAUGUAUAACUCGUUUGACUGGGAAAAGAAUACGACAUUUGUGAUGACACUGGAAGGAAAAGAUGUCGACUCUCUUUUGAAAACUUAUGCUGAACUUUAUCAACGAUUAAGCAAUGAUAAAACUGUCAUUGAAAAUAUUCGGAAAGAAGCAAUAAGCAGCGAAGACAAAAUCAAAGAUUUUCAAUUAUUGCUGAAACAACAACUAAAAUCUUGGAAAACAUGGUGGAUUGUUGUAGAUAACGUGGUUGAACUUGAUAAAAUUUAUGCAUUGUUACCUCAAGUUGGUGAUCAUAGUUGGAAAAAUGGACAAAUUGUAGUAACUGUCCAAAAUACAGAUGCUAUACCACCAGAUGGAAGUCUAAAUAAACACAUUUCUGUUAGUCAUGGUAUGAACAAUGAAGAAUGUCGACAACUUCUAUCUGUUUUUUCUGAUGUUUCAAAUCACGAUGAAAAAUAUUUAAAGAAUUUAUCAGACAAAUUUGAUCGUCAACCGUUGUUCUUAGCAAAUGCUGCUUCCUACGUAGGUAGUGUAAAAAGUGUAAAUCCGACAUUCACGUGGGAGCAAUAUUUUGAUAAGUUGAAUGAAGGAGAGCAACAGAACAUAGAUGGCAAUUUUCAAAAAAUUAACACAUCUCACUUAGGAAUGAAAACUGUUAUGUUAGCAGUGCAAAAAAAUGCUGAAGAAUCCAUCUUGUUGGAACAUGUUUUUAAACUUUUCUCAAUAAUAUCUUUCGAUCCCUUACCACAAGAUGUUAUAAUACCAUUCAUUAAAAGCAUUGAUCCACAAAAAUCUGCAGAAGAUGUCUGUCUUCAAUUAAAGCAUUGUUCUUUAUUCCUUCAAACGGAAAACAACGACAUCCGCCUGCACAGCGUUGUACACGAAGCCAUCAUAAAUUAUUCAUCGCAGACCUUUGGCUGUAAACAAAACGAAAAUAAUUCUAAAAAGUCUGCAGCUGAUCUUGCCAUUCAAGUUGCUUGGGCACUAAAUCAUUUUAAAGACAGAGAAGAUGAAAUCAAAAUAAUUCCACAUCUAAUUAAAUUCAUAACAAAUUCAUCAUUUCAACAUUUCCUAAAUAAGUUGAUCGAUGUAAAAUCAUUCUUUUUUUUCAUUAGAAAACAAAAACUUGAUGAAAGAAAUUGGAAAUUUUCCAAAUAUUUUGUAGAUGUUUUGGAAAGAUUUUACAACUAUAAAUAUGCAAUUAAAGUACUUUAUGAAAUAACAGAAAUUCAAGCUAAAGUGUUAGGUGUUGAUCAUAUUCAUGUUUCAUACUCGUACAACGAGCUAGGUGAGUUGCUUUGGAAGAAUGGAGAAUAUGAAAAUGCUAAAGAUUUUCUCGAACGAGCAAUGGGAAUUCAAGCAAAAACAUUUGGACCUGACCAUGUUAAUAUUGCGACAACGUACAACAAUCUGGGUUUGGUUUACAACGAUAUGGGAGAGUACAGAAAAGCAAAAGAUUUUUAUGAACGAGCGAUAGAAAUUGAAUCGAAAGCAUUUGGACCUGACCAUGUUAAUAUUGCGAUAAAGUACAACAAUCUGGGUUUGGUUUACAAUAAUAUGGGAGAGUACGAAAAAGCAAAAGAUUUUUUUGAACGAGGGAAAGAAAUUCAAGCGAAAGCAUUUGGACCUGACCAUGUUAGUAUUGCGACAACGUACAACAAUCUGGGUUUGGCUUACAGCGAUAUGGGAGAGUACAAAAAAGCAAAAGAUUUUUAUGAACGAGCGAUAGAAAUUGAAUCGAAAGCAUUUGGACCUGACCAUGUUAAUAUUGCGAUAAAGUACAACAAUCUGGGUACGGUUUACAAACAUAUGGGAGAGUACGAAAAAACAAAAGACUUUUUUGAACUAGCGAUGAAAAUUCUAACAAAAACAUUUGGACCUGACCAUGUUAAUAUUGUCCUAACGUACAGCAAUCUGGGCUUGGUUUACAAUCAUAUGGGGGAGUACGAAAAAGCAAAAGAUUUUUAUCAACGAGCCAUAGAAAUUGAAACAAAAACACUUGGACCUGACCAUAUUAAUAUUGCGAUAAUGUACAAGAAUCUGGGUUCAGUUUACUAUAACAUGGGAGAGUACAAAAAAGCAAAAGACUUUAAUGAACGAGCGAUAGAAAUUGAAAAGAACACAAAUAGACCUGACCAUGUUAAUAUUGCGAUAACGUACAACAAUCUGGGUACGAUUUACAGUGAAAUGGGAGACAAAAAAAAAGCAAUAGAUUUUUAUGAACGAGCGAUAGAAAUUGAAACGAAAGCAUUGGGACCUGACCAUGAUAAUAAUGCGGAAACGUACAACAAUUUGGGUUCAGUUUACAUAGAUAUGGGAGAGUACGAAAAAGCAAAAGAUUUUUUUGAACGAGCGAGAGACAUUAAAACUAAAACAUUUGGACCUGACCAUAUUAAUACUGCGUCAACGUACAACAAUCUGGGUUUGGUUUACAGACAAAUGGGAGAGUAUGAAAAAGCAAAAGAUUUUCAUGAACGAGCGAUAAAAAUUCAAACAAACUCAUUUGGACCUGACCAUGUUAAUAUUGUGGCAACGUACAAGAAACUGGGUUCUGUUUACAGUGAUAUGGGAGAGUACGAAAAAGCAAAAGAUUUUCAUGAACGAGCGAUGAAAAUUCAGACAAAAGCAUUCGGACCUGACCAUGUUAAUAUUGCGACAAUGUACAACAGUCUGGGUGUGGUUUACCAACAUAUGGGAGAGUACGAAAAAGCAAAAGACUUUCAUGAAAGAGCGAUAGAAAUUGAAACAAAAACAUUUGGACCUGACCAUGUCACUAUUGCGGCAACGUACAAUAAUUUGGGUUUGGUUUACAGAAAUAUGGUAGAGUACGAAAAAGCAAAAGAUUUUCAUGAACGAGCGAUAGAAAUUGAAAUGAAAGCAUUUGGACCUGACCAUGUUAAUAUUGCGGCAACGUACAAUAAUUUGGGUUUGGUUUACAAAGAUAUGGGAGAGAACGAAAAAGCAAAAGAUUUUUAUGAGCGAGCGAUAGAAAUUGAAACGAAAACAUUUGGACCUGACCAUGUGAAUAUUGCGGUAAGGUACAACAAUCUGGCUUUGGUUUACAGCGAUAUGGGAGAGUACGAAAAGCAAUAGAUUUUA